UAUCACACACCAAACUCAAAACAAACAUACAGCAGUUGUUUGAUAAUCAUUAAUCAUUAUGGCUAUUGUAUGUGUUCUUCAAAAGCCAUUCCCUCUUUCCAUUCUUUUACUUGUCUUUCUCUUCAACUCCUGCUACUGUUUCCACCCCAAGUCCCUCAAUUUUUCAAUAGCACAAUCUGCUUCUGAUUGGACACUCGCUGGGGCGACGUGGUAUGGGAGUCCCGACGGCGCUGGAAGUGACGGUGGAGCUUGUGGGUAUCAAGACGCUGUAGAUAGACCUCCAUUUUCUUCAAUGAUAGCAGCUGGAGGACCUUCUCUAUUUGAAUCAGGCAAAGGAUGUGGAGCCUGUUAUGAGGUGAAAUGCACCUCUAAUUCAGCAUGCUCUGGGAAACCAGCAACAGUGGUUAUCACAGAUCAGUGUCCUGGAGGCCCUUGUACCUCAGAGUCCGUUCAUUUCGAUUUGAGUGGCACUGCUUUUGGAGCCAUGGCUGUUUCUGGGCAGGCUGAUCAACUGCGUAAUGCCGGAGUCUUGCAGAUUCAAUAUAAAAGGGUUCAGUGCAACUAUCCAGGCAGGACUUUGUCCUUUCACGUUGAUUCUGGCUCAAACCCUUACUAUUUUGCAACCCUAGUGGAGUACGAAGACGGAGACGGUGACCUUGCUUCAGUUGAAAUAAAACAGGCGCUACCAUCUGACUCAUGGGUUAAGAUGCAACAAUCAUGGGGUGCAGUUUGGCAACUCAACUCCGGCUCGGUUCUACAUGCUCCAUUGUCUCUCCGGCUAACCACGCUCAAGUCAGGCGAGAGCAUUGUAGCAAGUGACGUAAUUCCCGUUGGUUGGCAGCCGGGAAAAACCUAUAGAUCAGUUGUCAAUUUCUAGAUAUAUUACAUGAUAUGAUUUCUAGUAGCUGUGUGUAUUAUUUUCCAUGGAGCAGACUUGUUAAAAUCAGAGUCCACAUGGAAACUCUUGUAAGGCUUUUUAAUAUAUAUUUAUAAACGUAGGUUGUGGAAUUA